AAACAUGAUGGAGGAAGAUAUUUCAGAAACAUUUGAACAUGCAAACGCUGAGUUUGAAAAACAGAAUUUCAAACAGGCAGAAGAGCUAUACACAAAGUUUAUCUCAUCCUGCGUACAGUCCAGGGUAUGUGAACCAACUAAGUUGUCCACUGCGUAUAACAACCGCGGACAGAUAAGGUACCUCCGGGUGGACUUUGACGAAGCAGUAGAAGAUUACACAAGUGCAGUACAGGCUUACAGCCAGUUUGAGAUACCUUUCUACAACAGAGGACUCGUCCACUAUAGACUAGGAUUUUUUGAAGAUGCCAAGAGUGACUUCCAGCAAGCAUUAAAACUCAACCCAGAUUUUGAAGAUGCCAAAAUGAGCCUUCAACAGACACUUCUCGACCAGAAGCAUAAGAUAAACAGGGGAUACUGACAUCUUCAUAAACUACAGAGUACAUAUGUAUCCUGCAAUCUGGUGGCUAAAGAAAAACAAUAAUUUAUAAGUGUAAUUCUCCUGUAAUAUGAUAAGUCAAGAUUUUAACUAUUUAAAAAUAUCAACAUGAGGAAAAACCUUAAAGCAAAUACACAACUUCAAAUAAGAUGAUAAUUGUAAAACACAGUUUGAAGACAUGUAAGGUAGUGGACAGACAUCCCACUAAAUCAAGUGCAGCAUCUUUAUGGAUUCCUGUCAAGCAGAACAGUGAUAAUUCCUUUUCUGCAGUGGCUCAAGAUUCUUCUAGAUGAAAAAAAAUGUAAUGGCCUCAUAAAUGAAAAUAUUUCAUUGUGUAAGCCUGUGAGUAGACAGUGCAGACUAAUCAACCCAGGUAAAAACUAUGAGUCUGGGUUUUACUGUCGGUAAUAAAUGUUAGUGGAAAACCUUGGGACGUUUGUGACCAUAAACAAACCAUAAUCAAUUGCAGACACACAGCUAAUAAUGAGGAGUGUCUCGACUGCAAAAUGAAAACAUAUUUUGUUCCACAAGGUGACCGAUGUUUUUAAGAAGAAGUAGUCAUUGGUUAUAUGUCCUAUAUUCUGCUAGAAUCCUGGAGUAUUUCUUUUGAUUAAUUUAAUGUACAUGUGUUGGUAAUCAAUGAAGAAUAAAUUAUUUCUACUAUG